CGGCACCUGACGUGACGUGUCUCCGUAAACACAACAAUGGCGGACGCCGCUGAGGAAGCUCUUCAGGGCAGCUGGGACCAGGAUCUGGUCGAGGCUCUGGACUCUGGUGGUUCUGACAUGGAGAACGUGGAGGAGCGAGGCUUCACCCAGGUCAAGGAAGAUUCAGCUCAACACAGAGCCAAGACGUGGAAGAUUGCUCUAAAUGUCUCUGGAAAAGGAGACACUCUGGCUUCUUGGGACGGUGUCUUUGAUUUGCCCGAACAGACACUCAUUCAUAACCGCUGUCAACAGCUGAUUGAUCAGCUGGGUUUAUCUGAGGAAGAGAGCAGCAGCAUAGUGUCUGACGUCGAGUCUGUCAUCACUUUCUACUGUAAGUCUCGCAACAUUACCUUCAGUCCAGAGCUGAGCUGGCCACACCUGCUCAAACCUCUGUUGGGGCUCCUGCUUCCCCGCAGCGACCUCUACAACUGCUUCUACGCUAUCAUGAACAAAUACAUCCCCAGAGAAUGUGUGCCGAACGGCCGACCGUUCCACCUCUUCAGACUGCUGCUGCAGUAUCACGAACCCGAGCUCUGCUCCUUCCUGGACACCAAAAAGAUCACACCCGACUCCUACGCCAUCAAUUGGCUGGGCAGCUUAUUCUCCAGUCACUGCCUUCCCGACGUCACCCAGGCCCUGUGGGACUCGUACCUGCAGCAGGGAGACGCCUUCCUCGUCUUCUUCCUCAUGCUCGUCAUGCUCGUCAACGCCAAAGAGUCCAUCCUCUCUCAGGGCGGAGACAAAGAUGACAUCAUCAAAAUGCUGGAGGCUUUUCCUUCUCUCCUGGAGGCUGAAGACGUGGAGGAUCUGUUUUCUCUAGCCCAGUAUUACCAGAGCAAGACGCCUUUGUCGCUCAGAAAGAUGAAUCAGAAUCUGUUUGGCAGCAGUCUGGUAGCUCUGAAAGAGGAAGACACUGACCUGAGUCAGGCUCUGUGUCUCCCUGUGUCUGUCCCUGAAAUCUUGCAGGCGAACCAGCUGCAGCAGGAUGGGGUUCGUUUCUUUGUGGUGGACUGUCGACCUGCAGAGCAGUACAACGCUGGACACCUGUCCACAGCCUUCCACCUGGACUCUGACCUGAUGCUCCAGAAUCCAUCUGAGUUUGCUCUCUCUGUAAAAUCCCUGUUGGAGACACAGAAACAGUCUCUGGAGUCCGGCUCCAUCGCCAGUGGAGAGCACCUGUGCUUCAUGGGCAGUGGGAGGGAGGAGGAGGACAUGUACAUGAACAUGGUGCUGGCCCAUUUCCUGCAGAAAAACAAAGAAUACGUGAGCAUCACGAAAGGAGGUUUCAUGGCUCUGCAGCAGCACCUGGUGGACAUAAACAUCGAAGGCCUUGACUCUUCGUACAUCCACUGGAUCGUCAGCACGUCAGGGUCUCACAGCAGCCUCAGCUCUGCUGAUGGAGAGUCUCUGAGCAGCCCAGGAGACGGCAAAGGUGUCAAGUCGCUGGUCAACAAAAUGACUUUUGCGCUUAAGUCCAAGUCAGUGAAUGUGAAGGAGAAGAUGAUCAGCUUCAUUGAGAACACAUCCACACCUGUAGACAGAAUAUCUUUCAAUCUGCCUUGGCCAGAGAAGGUGAUUCCAGAUCGACACGUGAGCAGCAGCGACCGUGUGGGUAAACCUUAUCGAGGAGUCAAACCUGUCUUCAGUAUUGGUGAUGAAGAGGAGUACGACACGGACGAGAUCGACAGCUCGUCCAUGUCGGACGACGACAGGAAGGAAAUCGUAAACAUUCAGACGUGGAUAAACAAACCUGAUGUAAAACAUCACAUUCCGUGUAAUGAGGUCAAAGAGACGGGUCACAUGUUCCCCAGCCACUUGUUGAUCACAGCGACUCACAUGUACUGUCUGAGGGAAAUUGCCUCCAGAAAAGGCUUUGCUUACAUCCAGUCCAGACAAGCUCUGAACUCUGUGGUGAAGAUCACGUCCAAGAAGAAACAUCCAGAACUCAUCACCUUCAAGUUUGGCACCAACAACUCGGCCGGAGUGGAGAUAUCAGCUGUGGAGAGAUAUUUGAUACCAAAUGCAGGCGACGCCACCAAAGUCAUCAAGCAGCAGAUCAUGAAAGUCCUCGACGCUCUGGAGAGCUCGUAAAAAAAACAACUGAGAUGACGACGGCAACGACCACUCGCCACGACGUAAACUGUAAAGAAGAGUGAGAGCUUCUGGGGGGGGCGGCGGUUCCUCGUGGACAUGCCCACUACGGUGUUGACUGUGCAGCAGACACGGCGUCACACCGCUGACUGCAGGUCUGUGGGACAGACUCUGUGUGUGUGUGUGCUGAAAUACUUAGGUGCUCUCUGCAGUCGUCCAACAUUAUCUUACACUCAUUUAAAACAUGUUGGUUCUCGUGUUCGUUUGAAUUUACUCUUGAUAAAAACAACAAAAACUG